UCAGAAACCGGCGGCCGCGUAAAUUUUCACCAGCCAAAACAAUUUGUUUCCCGUAUCUUAGCAAUCUGUCACGCAGUCAAUCGACCUCAAGGAACCAGUUACAGGGCGUGUUUCACAGCAAACAUGGAGUGUCCGAUCUCUCCGGCCGAGGUGCAAUCGCUCAAGGCGCUAAUCAACUUUUGCAAGAUAGCGCCGCAGCUACUUAACUUGCCACAGUUGGAUUUUCUGAAGCAGUUCAUCGAAAGUUUGGGCGGCAAAGUUCCGGAAGGUCAGCCCGAUCUGAACGCGCCGAGCUUCAAGCAGGAAAGUAAAGUUGACGGUGCAUCAGCGGAAACGAAGAAAGAAGAAGAACCAAAAGAGAUGGAAUCCGAUCCGGAAUCAGAACUGGAGCUGGAUAACGAAGGAUGCGUCGAACCGGACUCGGAACCGAACCAACCGAUGGGCGAUAUGUCGAAGGAACCGACGGAGGAGGAGUUCGACCAGGCAAACGAUUUCCGAUCACAGGCGGCUUCAGCAUACGGCGAACAGAAGUACGACGAAGCCGUAAAGCUGUUCACCGAUGCCAUCCAGCUGAACCCGAAAAGUGCUUUGUACUAUGCGAAGCGAGGCCAAGCGUAUCUGAAGCUGCAAAAACCGAAUGCUUGCAUCCGGGACUGUAACCGUGCGCUGGAAAUCAACCCAGACUCGGCAACGGCCUACAAAUUCCGUGGCCGUGCCAAUCGUCUGCUCGGUCACUGGGAGGAAGCGGUCAAGGAUUUGCGACAGGCCUGCAAGCUCGACUUCGACGAAGAGGCCGACGAGUGGCUAAAGGAGGUAACACCCAACGCGAAAAAGAUCGAACAGCACAAGCAGAAACAGUCACGCCGUCAACAGGAGCGUGAGUUCCGCGAACGUCAGGAACGUGCACGCAAAGCUCAGGAAGCGAACCGUAAGGCGGCGGAAGAGGCUACGGCCGAUGAGGGUGCUGGAUUAGGUGCCGGAGCUGGUGGUGCGCCUUUCGGUGGUGGCAUCCCAGAGGAGCUGCUCAAAUCGUUUGCAGAUCCGGAGAUCCGCGACGCGAUGAUGGACAUGUUUAGCAACCCGUCCAAUAUCUCGAAGUACAUGAACAAUCCGAAGGUGAUGUCGGUACUGAUGAAGAUAUACUCCAACGAAUCGGGACAAGGUGGUUUCCCCGGAUUUGGUGGUGGCGGUUUCCCAGGCUUUCCCGGAUCGGGGGGUGGUGGUUUUCCGGGUUUCCCUAGCGGCGCUGGCGGUGCUGGAUUCCCUAACUUUGGUGGUUCGGAUGGUGGAGCAGGUGCGGGGGCAGGAGCUGGUGCAGGGGCUGGCAGUGGCGGUAGCGGCGGUGGUGCCCGUGUGGAUGAUCUAGAUUAGAGAACAUGUUAAGAAUGCGAGUAGGAAUGUGUGACCUAUCUAAGGCCAGUUGCAUUUUAAUCUUUUGUUUAUAUCCAGAAGCCGUGUGCCAGCCAGCUCUAAAAGCUAAUUAAGUUUAGAUUUUCUUCCAUUCUACUUCACUUUAACAACAAGCAGAAUCAUCCAGGACAAGAAUUUCCCGUAAGCGGAUACACUCAUCCGAAUCCGCGAACCUCCAGAAUAGUAUGUGAAGCACAGGUUAAGAUGCACGAAGCUUUUGCAGAAUUAUAAAGACGAAGAAAAUAACAAUAUUUCCACAAAGGCUCUUACUCCCAGGCAAUGCAAAACAAGCGGAAUAAAACAUUUACAGCCAAGAUAUGUUGGAUGAGGACAAUAACGCCUUGAUAACCUGCAACAACUCCACACAAGCGUUAUCCGUAAGAAGAAAAUAGGAAUUUUUGGACCUUCUGGUGCAUAAUUCAACCUCCAACCAGAAGUUUUCGUAGAGUCCCUUGUCCAAUUACGUGCGUUCUGUAUAAAACAUCCAUUUCCAACAUUUGUACUAACAGCUUGUUAAAGAACUGCAGCAAUAAAAUAACUUUAAA